CGAACACACAGGAUACAGACUGCAGAGCUUCAGAGAUGAUGCAACUUUGCAUUAUUCUUGUGCUUCUCAGUGAAAUCUGUCAGGUGACAGUUGCUGUAAAUAUAACCUCAGGUAUAAUUCAGGACAGUGGGGUCAUAAAAGCAGGAGUUGGGGAGAGUGUGACUUUGAAAUGUGUUUGUCAAGACAAUGCUGUAACUUUCCUGUCUUGGUAUCAGCAAAGCUUGGGAGGUAAACCUCAGAUCAUAUCAACUCGGAUGAAGCACAAAAAAGAAGCGGACAUGUACCCUGCGUAUAAAGAAAGGUUUCAAGUCUCUACACAAAAUAAAGAAGGCAGCAACCAUCUCACAAUCACAAACCUUCGCACGGCAGAUUCAGCCAUAUAUUACUGUGGGAUUUUAGAAUUCAACGCAAUCGAAUUCGGACAGGGAGCUUUCCUUCACGUCAAAACGUCAACGUCCAACAUCCAAGCUGUUGUCCAUCAGCCCGAUUUUGAGCCACUUUGGCCGGGAGACCCUUUGAGUUUGAGCUGUACAGUAUACGCCAAACCGCCGUGCGAAGGGGAGCAGAGCCUCUACUGGUUCAGAAAUGGUGCAUCUCAGCCCACAGUCAUGGACCCCAGUGGAGGACAGUGCACAAGCCCCUCAGAUGAAACAUCUCACAUGAUAAAUUGCACUGCCAACCUCACAUUAAAGUCUACGAGCUCCUCCGAUGCUGGGAUGUACUACUGUGCUCUGGCCUCCUGCGGCGAGAUCACCUUUGGAAAUGGAACGAGAGUAGAGAUCGUAGAUGUUUCUACCAAAGUCUCCCCUCUCAUGGUGUAUAUCUUGAGUGUGGCUUUGGCAGUUUCCAUCAUCGUUCUGCUCGUCCUGGCUUUCAUCGCGUACAUGUUGAACAAAAAGCUGUGCUAUGUUUGCAAAGGAACUGUUUCUCAUCUGACAUGCUCUGCAGCCUCUGACACCAGGAGCCAAGAUGCAGACAUGCUCCAUUAUGCUGCUCUGAGUGUGAAGAGAAACAACAAACAACAUGGUCAAGACGACAACAUGGGCACUGACUGUGUUUACUCCAGAGUAAAGAGUAGAAAAGAGUCAUGUAAAACUUAA